AUCUACACUAAGAAGAUUAAACCUAGACUAAAGUCAGAGGAUCUUGCUGAGGGUGUUGAUGUGCGCACAGAACGUCACAGCAGCACAAGCAGUGAUGGUUGCACCAUUACUACAAUCACUCGUCGAAUAACUACCUACACUGUGGAUGUGCCUGGGGGGACUAGUCAGCAGAUUGAUCACUCAAGCCCUGAGUACAAAAUUCAGGUCUUGCAGCAUGAGCAGUCAGAGGGGGAUUCUACUCAAAUCAGAUUACCACAUAGUAGCCUUGUUAGUGGUGCACAUGGAGGUAUAAAAAUAGGGGACAUAACUCUUAGCGGGCCCCAUGUCACUGGCUCCACUGUGAAGCACUCUAGCACAGGAUCUUUAAAAGCAACAAGUGAAUUAGAUGGUAGUGGGAAAGAGAUUACAAUUAAUGUGUCAGACACUGGACUGUCAGGUCGUAAAGGACAGAUGGUGAUAGAACAUUUUGGAAGGACUGAAGCUUCUGCAGGCAGUAGUGAUCUCUCUGGCAAAGUAACCAUGGGGUUAGACAAAGACGUGAGAAAUAUUUCUUUUCCAUUGGAAGCUGGUUUUAAAGCUUCAGGUAUGACGGGAGGAACUGAGGUUGCUACAGUAAAGGGCCCUGUUCUGAACACUCGUGUUUCAGGUUUUUCCAUUAGUGGAGAUACAGGGGGCAGUAUUGGCAGGGAAUCUUUGUCUGAAGUGCAUAAGGAUGGGUCUGCUGAUAAAACCAAAUUGUCUAAAUUUACCAUAGAUGUGCAAAGUCCCAAGGAAGGUCAAAAUGUAGAAGAGAAUUUUAACAAUCAAAAUCUUAAAGAUGUUAGUCAGAGAGGUUUCAGCAUAACUGGGAAUCAGGAAAUGUCAGCUCGGGUUCAGGAACCUGAUACAGUAGUAAGUCUACCCAAAGCUGAUGUAAAAAUCACACCACCAGAUAUGGACAUCAGGGGUCCAGAGCUUCACUUUAAAGGACAUGAGCGUACUGUCAAAGAUGUUAAAUUUGAUGCACCAUCAGUCACUGGUCAAAUUUCUAUGCCAGAUGUGGAUUUAAACCUCAAAGGACAAAAAGUGAAAGGAGAUGUUAACGUGUCUGUUCCGAAUGUUGAAGGGAAUGUUACAACUUCAAAAAUUGAAAUUAAAAGGCCAGAUCUCGAGGAUGUGAAAAGUGGCUUUACGGUUCCAAAGGUCAAAAUGUCCUCAUUAGGAAUAAAAACUUCAGAAGUAAGGAGUCCUGAUGUUGAUGUAAAUCUUGUGAAAGCCAAAAUGGAGAUUAAAGCAUCAGAUGUGGAUAUCAAGACUCCAGAGCUUAAUGUUGAGAGAUCUGAAGUAAAAGUCAAAGAUUCUGAAAUCAAGAUACCACCAGUCUCCGGUCCUAAUAUUGCGGUGUCUGAUGUGAAUUUAAAUGUAAAAGGGUCAACAUUGAAAGGUGACUUAAAUCUGAAAGGCCCAAAACUAAAAGGUGAUGUCGAUGUGUCUGUUCCAAAAAUGGAAGGAGACAUUAAAGCACCAAAAGUUGAAAUUGAAGGCCCUGACCUUGAGGAACCUGAGGGUGGUUUCAAGAUGCCAAAGAUCAAAAUGCCAUCAUUCGGACUGAAAGGUCCAAAAGUGGAGGGCCCAGAUAUUGAUGUGAAAAUCCCCAAAGCCGAUGUCGAGGUAAAGGAACGAGGUGUGGACAUCAAAGCUGCAGAGGUUGACAUUGCAGGACCUGAGGGAAAAAUCAAGGGCCCCAAAUUCACAAUGCCAUCAGUCUCCGGUCCAAAGGUUUCUAUGCCAGACAUUGACUUAAACCUGAAAGGUCCAAAACUGAAAGGUGACAUUGACUUGUCCGUUCCAAAACUGGAAGGAGAUAUUAAAGCACCAAAAGUGGAAAUUAAAGGCCCAGAAAUGGAAGGACCUGAGGGUGGGUUUAAGGUCCCAAAAAUCAAAAUGCCAUCAUUCGGACUGAAAGGUCCAAAACUGGAGAGUCAAGAUAUUGAUGUAAAAAUCCCCAAAGCCGAUAUCGAGAUAAAGGCACCAGAUGUGGACAUCAAAGCUCCAGAGUUUGACAUUGAAGGACCUGAGGGAAAAAUCAAGGGCCCCAAAUUCAAGAUGCCAUCAAUCUCUGGUCCAAAGAUUUCUAUGCCAGACGUUGACUUCAAUCUGAAAGGUCCAAAACUGAAAGGUGAUGUUGACGUGUCUGUUCCAAAAGUGGAAGGAGAUAUUAAAGCACCAAAAGUGGAAAUUGAAGGCCCAGAAAUUGAAGGACCUGAGGGUGGUUUUAAGAUGCCAAAGAUCAAAAUGCCAUCAUUCGGAAUGAAGGGUCCAAAACUGGAGGGUCCAGAUGUUGAUGUGAAAAUCCCUAAAGCCGAUAUUGACAUUAAGGCACCAGAUGUGGACAUCAAAGCUCCAGAGUUUGACAUUGAAGGACCUGAGGGAAAAAUCAAGGGCCCAAAAUUUAAGAUGCCAUCAAUCUCUGGUCCAAAGAUUUCUAUGCCAGACGUUGACUUCAAUCUGAAAGGUCCAAAACUGAAAGGUGAUGUUGACGUGUCCGUUCCAAAAGUGGAAGGAGAUAUUAAAGCACCAAAAGUGGAAAUUGAAGGCCCAGAAAUUGAAGGACCUGAGGGUGGUUUUAAGAUGCCAAAGAUCAAAAUGCCGUCUUUCGGAAUGAAGGGUCCAAAACUGGAGGGUCCAGAUGUUGAUUUGAAAAUCCCUAAAGUCGAUAUUGACAUUAAGGCACCAGAUGUGGACAUCAAAUCUCCAGAGUUUGACAUUGAAGGACCUGAGGGAAAAAUCAAGGGCCCCAAAUUCAAGAUGCCAUCAAUCUCUGGUCCAAAGAUUUCUAUGCCAGACGUUGACUUCAAUCUGAAAGGUCCAAAACUGAAAGGUGAUGUUGACGUGUCUGUUCCAAAAGUGGAAGGAGAUAUUAAAGCACCAAAAGUGGAAAUUGAAGGCCCAGAAAUUGAAGGACCUGAGGGUGGUUUUAAGAUGCCAAAGAUAAAAAUGCCAUCAUUCGGAAUGAAGGGUCCAAAACUAGAGGGUCCAGAUGUUGAUGUGAAAAUCUCUAAAGCCGAUAUUGACAUUAAGGCACCAGAUGUGGACAUCAAAGCUCCAGAGUUUGACAUUGAAGGACCUGAGGGAAAAAUCAAGGGCCCCAAAUUCAAGAUGCCAUCAAUCUCUGGUCCAAAGAUUUCUAUGCCAGACUUUGACCUCAACCUGAAACGUCCAAAACUGAAAGGUGAUGUUGACGUGUCCGUUCCAAAACUGGAAGGAGAAAUUAAAGCACCAGAUGUGAACAUUAAGGGUCCAGAACUUGAUAUUGAAGGACCAGAGGGAAAAAUCAAGGGAUCCAAAUUCAAGAUGCCCACCAUCUCUGGUCCAAAUAUUUCAAUGCCUGAUGUGGAUUUCAAUUUAAAAGGUCCAAAACUGAAAGGUGAUGUCGAUGUUUCAAUUCCAAAAGUUGAAGGAGACAUCAAAGCACCAGAUUUGGGUAUCAAGGGGCCCGAACUUGAUAUAAAAUUACCAGAAGGAAAAAUCAAAGGCCCAAAAGUCAAGAUGCCAUCAGUAUCUGGUCCUGAAGGUCCAAAUGUUGAGGUCAAUUUUCCAGAAACAAAUGUCAAGAAGCCUAAAUUUAAAAUGCCCAAGUUUGGAUUUAAAGGGCCAAAGAUUGAAGCACCUGAUGUUGAUGUCAAACUUCCGAAAGGAUCUAAAGUGAAAGGUCAAGCUGGUGUCAGUUUGGAAGGUGAUGUAAAUAUGCCAAAAGUGGAAGUUGAUUCUCCAAGAGUAGAAGUUAAAAGUCCAGAGGGAGGAUUCAAGAUGCCAAAAUUUAAAAUGCCAAAGUUCGGUUUUAAGUCACCCAAAGGAGAAAUUGAUGUCAGCGUACCUAGUGGUGACAUUGGUUUAAAAUCAUCUGAUAUUGACAUCAACACUCCUGAUCUUGAUGUUGAAGGACCUGAGGGACAAAUCAAGGGCACCAAAUUCAAAAUGCCUUCUAUAUCUGGUCCAAAGAUUUCUAUGCCAGAUGUAGACUUCAACUUGAAAAGUCCAAAAGUCAAGGGUGAUAUGGACAUUUCUGUACCAAAGAUUUCAGGGGACAUAAAAGCUCCAAAAGUGCACAUUGAAGGUCCUGAUGUUGAUAUCGAGGGCCCAGAAGGUGGCUUCAAGAUGCCUAAAAUCAAAAUGCCAUCAUUUGGACUCAGAGGUCCUAAAGUGGAGGGCCCAGAUGUUGACAUCAAUCUCCCCAAAGCAGAUGUUGACAUUAAAGGACCAGAAAUUGACAUCAAAACUCCUGAUCUUGACAUUGAAGGACCUGAGGGGAAAAUCAAAGGUCCCAAGUUUAAAAUGCCUUCCAUAUCGGGUCCAAAAAUCUCUAUGCCUGAUGUAGACUUCAACUUGAAAAGUCCAAAAGUCAAGGGUGAUAUGGAUGUUUCUGUACCAAAGAUUUCAGGGGACAUAAAAGCUCCAAAAGUGGCCAUUGAAGGUCCUGAUGUUGAUUUCGACGGCCCAGAAGGUGGCUUCAAGAUGCCUAAAAUCAAAAUGCCAUCAUUUGGACUCAGAGGUCCUAAAGUGGAGGGCCCAGAUGUUGACAUCAAUCUCCCCAAAGCAGAUGUUGACAUUAAAGGACCUGAAAUUGACGUUAGAACUCCUGAUCUUGACAUCGAGGGACCUGAGGGGAAAAUCAAAGGUCCCAAGUUUAAAAUGCCUUCCAUAUCGGGUCCAAAAAUCUCUAUGCCUGAUGUAGACUUCAACUUGAAAAGUCCAAAAGUCAAGGGUGAUAUGGAUGUUUCUGUACCAAAGAUUUCAGGGGACAUAAAAGCUCCAAAAGUGGCCAUUGAAGGUCCUGAUGUUGAUUUCGACGGCCCAGAAGGUGGCUUCAAGAUGCCUAAAAUCAAAAUGCCAUCAUUUGGACUCAGAGGUCCUAAAGUGGAGGGCCCAGAUGUUGACAUCAAUCUCCCCAAAGCAGAUGUUGACAUUAAAGGACCUGAAAUUGACAUCAAAACUCCUGAUCUUGACAUCGAGGGACCUGAGGGGAAAAUCAAAGGUCCCAAGUUCAAAAUGCCUUCCUUAUCAGGUCCAAAGAUCUCUAUGCCAGAUGUCAACUUAAAAGGCCCCAAGGUCAAAGGUGAUAUGGAUGUUUCUGUUCCAAAGAUUUCGGGGGACAUAAAAGCUCCAAAAGUGGAAAUUGAAGGUCCUAAUGUUGAUAUAGAGGGCCCGGAAGGUGGCUUCAAAAUGCCUAAAAUCAAAAUGCCAUCAUUUGGACUCAAAGGUCCUAAAGUGGAGGGCCCAGAUGUUGACAUCAAUCUCCCCAAAGCAGAUGUUGACAUUAAAGGACCUGAAAUUGACGUUAAAGCUCCUGAUCUUGACAUCGAGGGACCUGAGGGGAAAAUAAAAGGUCCCAAGUUUAAAAUGCCUUCCAUAUCAGGUCCAAAAAUCUCUAUGCCAGAUGUCAACUUAAAAGGCCCCAAAGUCAAAGGUGAUAUGGAUGUUUCAGUACCAAAGAUUUCAGGUGACAUAAAGGCCCCAAAAGUGGACAUUGAAAGUCCAGAUGUUGAUAUUGAGGGCCCAGAAGGUGGCUUCAAGAUGCCUAAAAUCAAAAUGCCAUCAUUCGGACUAAGAGGUCCUAAAGUGGAGGGUCCAGAUGUUGACAUCAAUCUCCCCAAAGCAGAUCUUGACAUUAAAGGACCUGAAAUUGACAUCAAAACUCCUGAUCUUGACAUAGAAGGACCUGAGGGGAAAAUCAAAGGUCCCAAGUUCAAAAUGCCUUCAAUAUCAGGUCCAAAGAUCUCUAUGCCAGAUGUCGACUUAAAUCUUAAAGGCCCCAAAGUCAAGGGUGAUAUGGAUGUUUCUGUACCAAAGAUUUCAGGGGAAAUAAAAGCUCCAAAAGGGGACAUUGAAAGUCCUGAUCUUGACAUUGAAGGACCUGAGGGGAAAAUCAAAGGUCCUAAGUUCAAAAUGCCUUCCAUAUCAGGUCCAAAGAUCUCUAUGCCAGAUGUUAACUUGAAAAGUCCAAAAGUCAAGGGUGAUAUGGACAUUUCUGUACCAAAGAUUUCAGGGGACAUAAAAGCUCCAAAAGUGCACAUUGAAGGUCCUGAUGUUGAUAUCGAGGGCCCAGAAGGUGGCAUCAAGAUGCCUAAAAUCAAAAUGCCAUCAUUUGGUCUCAAAGGUCCUAAAGUGGAGGGCCCAGAUGUUGACGUAAAUCUCCCCAAAGCAGAUGUUGACAUUAAAGGACCAGAAAUUGAUAUUAAAGCUCCUGAUCUUGACAUUGAAGGACCCGAGGGUGGUUUAAAACAUGUUAAGUUCCCAAAAUUCAAAGGUCCCAACUUUGGAAUAAAGCCUUCAGGUGGCAGUCUUUCAAUACCUGAAAAAGAUAUAGGGGCGAGUAUUGAUGUCAAAAGCCCUGAUGUCAAUAUCAGUGGACCAGAUGCAAAUAUCAAGGUGCCAAAAAUGAAAAAAUCAAAAUUUUCGCUUGGAGUUAAGAGCCCAAAAUUAGAUGCAGAUAUUCUUGAUGCUGGUGGUAGUGUAGAAGGACCUGAUAUGAACAUAGAUGUGAAAGGAAAGAAAGGUACAUUCAAAUUGGCCAAAGGGAAGGGGAAGUCUAAAACAUUUGAUGGUGAUAUGAAGACUGAAACUGUCAAGUUGAAGACAAAUGAACCUGACCUACAGAUGAAGUCAACCAAAGUAAAGAAACCUCUUUUUGGAAAGUUACGUUUUCCUGAUGUGGAAUUUGACAUCAAAUCUUCAAAAGCUAAAGGUAGUCCAUCUGCCUCUGGAACUAUAAAAUCAUCUGCUGAUUUGCCUUCUGCAAGCCUUAAAACUGAUAUUCAGACACCAGAUGCUAGUUUGGAUAGUCCUGAUUUCAAAACAAAAGGAGGAAAAAUCAAAAUACCAAAAGUCGGCAUCUCUGGCUCUGAAAUAAAAACUCCUGAACUAGUUGUUAGAGAUGCAACUUUAGAGGUUCCAGAAAAGACCUUUCAGUCCUCAGAUGUCAGUGUAGCAGGAUCAGGCAUUAAUGGAAAAGGCAAGGCUAAAAUUGACAUAGGAGGAAAAAUACAGGAUGUUAAGUUGACAGUGCCUACUGUAAAUGUCCAUGGUGGUGCUUUAGAUGCUGAUUUAAAUCUCACUGAACAAAAAGGAGUAAAAGGGAUCAUUGAAAUACCAGGCUUUAAUGUAAGGGGACAAAAGGGAGAGACUGCAAGUGGGUUAGACAUGAAGCCAGAUGCAUCAUUAUCUGGUGUGAUGGAGUACCAAGAAGGUAAUGUAACCUUUCCUAAAAUCAAAGUACCAAAGUUUGGUGUUGCAUUGCCUAAAGUAGAUGGAGGCGAGAUGAGAGUAGAUGUAGGUUCAGGUGAAUUGGCUGCUGGUUCUAAAGUUACUUCCCAAAGUCUGGAAAUUGAGAACACUGAUAUGAAAAGCAGUGGUGGAAAAGUGAAAGUCAAAAUGCCAAAAUUAUUUGUCAAAUCUAAAUCUAAAGGUGGCAGUGCAGCUGAUCUUAUUGUUGAGGGAGAAGGUGUUGAUGUUACAAGUAAAGGUGGUGCAAAGGUGUCUAAGGAGUUGAGCCUUAGUUCCGGGGAAUUGACAAGUGGCAAGUUGACAGUAGAGGGAAGCUCUGGGUUUAAAGUUUCACCAAAGAGUAAAUCUGCCUCCCUUGACCUCUUCAAAAAAACACAUCACUCAUCCUCUGUAAGUGAUGAGGGAGGUUUAGCUUCCCCUGUUUCUGCUGAAGGCCACUUACAGGCAGAGGGUGGCAACAUUUCAGUUGAUGUUGGAGAAAAGGCCAAAGGCAAAAAAGGAAAGUUGAAGUUUGCUACAAUUGGAGGUUUUAGCUCAAAAAGUAAAGGUUCAUAUGAAGUGACAGAUGAAAGUGAGGUUAGGAUUGAGGGUGCUGGUGGAGUUGCUCAGUCUUCAAAGAAGUCCAGAAUGUCAUCAUCGUCCAGCAGUGAUAGUGGGUCAAAAGGCAGUUUUCGGUUUCCACAACUCGAAAUAGCGGUGUCACCAAAGAAAUAGUUUUCACGCUAGUAUCUAUACACAGUACAUUCAUACACACACUUUGUAAAUGUAAAUCUGUCUUUCAUUUAAACAAUAGUGCAUUGCCAUAUUGACUGUUUCUUCAAUUCCCACAUAUGUUCUUUACAGGCAUUGAUAUAUAUAUAUAUAAUUUUUUUUCUCUGAAUCACAAUUUAACUGUAAAUAAGAGAAAUCUGUUAUGUAAUUUUAAUUUUGUUUUGUAGAUAGGAAAUUCAAAUCCAAUCCAACAAUGUGUGUAGUUAAUAUAAAAAUCUGUCAUCUGAUAACUUGUUCUAUUUUUGUACCUUAGAAAGUUUUGGAACUAUGUUGUCCUUUCUAAAAUUGUCUGGACACAUUUAAAUGCAAGAGGAGUGAUUUUAGUUAGAUUUGAAAGGUUUUUAAAACUUCAGCUUCACUUACAUUAGUAGUGCUGUAUCAUAUGUACUCAUUGCAUAUGAAUAACUAAUUUGAGCAGUGAUAAACCAGAUCUCAGUGAGCACAAUGAAGUUUAAGGGCUGUACAAACUGUAAAUAAUUUGAUUCAAAACGGAUACAUGGGAUAACGUAACUUUGUGUCCCAAAUAUUAUGACCGUUCAGAUAUUGUUAUGGAAUUUACACAGAUUAUAAUCUUCUAAAGUAUUUAUAUCUAAGACCGUCUUUUUCAAUGAUUGCUUGGAUGUCUUUAAAAUGCACACCAAGAAGCAGCUGGCAAAAGCUGUGACUUGCUUUGAUUUUAAUGGGUUCGAAGGCAUUUUUCUUGGUUCUAUCUUCCACAUUUCUUUACAUCCGGUUGACUCUCUCUCUUCCUCUCACUAAAUUUAUGAAAUGCCGUGUUGUCAUGUGGUGAUAUAACUACAGGAAUGCUAAUGCCAAUGGUAAAACAUUAAUAUUUUGAAAAGGCAUAAAAUGUGCAUUUGCCCUUGUAAAUAAUGGGACAUUUAGGCUGCAAGUUUAAAAUUUUUUCCCCCCUUGUAUCAGCUGCAAAAAAAAUUUUAAUAAAGUGAACAAUUAUCAAUA